AUGCCUGUAGUCGGUACUUUGGACGGUGACACUCUUUUACACUCAGCUGCUAGAGGAGGACACCUCAACAUACUUCAAUUGUUACUAGAAAAAACAGAUAUCGAUCCAAAUAGAGAAAAUAAGUACGGUUACACUCCCUUACAUUGUUCUGUGAAAGAAGGACACAUCGUCAUAGUCCAAUUGUUUUUAGGAAGAACAGAUAUAGGUCAAAACAAAGUAAAUAAGGACGGUGACACUCUUUUACACUCAGCUGCUAGAGGUGGACACCUCAACAUACUUCAAUUGUUACUAGAAAGAACAGAUAUCGAUCCAAAUAGAGAAAAUAAGGUAUUGAAUGAGGUUAUUCACAGGAUUGUCCGCCUUUGUUAA